GCCCCCUUUUAUUUUAUUUUUUUAUUGACGCCAGAUCCCCCCAGGCGUGCCUUGGUGCCCCUUUUUAACAGCUUGCGCCCAGGCUUGGAUAUAGAUCAUGUGCCAGCACAAGGGGUGGUGCCUGAAUUGACCCAUGGGCCAUGAAUUAUAGUUGCAUCAUUCUACCUUCUCUCUCGUUCUCUUUUCUCUUUCCUUUGUCCCAGCAUUUCGCUUCCCGCUUCCCCCCUUUCUCACCUUUCAUCUCGUUCAAGUAUUACUGUGUGCAAAGGAAUUAUGCCAUGGAUACCAACACGACAGCACCAUCGACAUCUGUCCCAACGUCCCGGCCCAUUGCAACAGUGACAGCAGUAUUCAUCAUCUUGGGUGUAACUGCGGGCGCAAUUUGUCUCCAUCUAGUUCUCACGUUCAUUUUCAAGCGAAUCGCGAAGAAGACGAUAUGGCAAUUUGACGAUGACCUUGUUAAACAUUGCAAAAAGCCGACAUUUGUCAUGUUCCCAACGGUCGCUCUGUUAAUCACUAUUCAACUCGUCACCCUUCCCGUGGGUGUUUACAGCGCUUUGAACCAUGUGCUCAUCAUCAUCUUAAUCUUUGCAAUCUCGUAUCUGGUGGUCAUGCUGAUCAAGUGCACAUCCAUGGCUGUGAGCCGGAGUAACUCACAUCUGAAGGGCUCGGAACCCAAGAGGGCGAGAGAGGUCGAAACACAGAUCAUAGUCAUGACCAGGAUUGUCCAAGGAGUGGUUUGGAUGCUGGGUCUGGCAGGUAUUGCCAUGACGUUCCCGAAUGCGUGGCAAGUUGGCGUUUCACUGUUGGCGAGUGCAAGUGUCUCCGCAUUACUACUCGGAUUCGCGGCCAAGUCCUCAAUCGAGAAUGCCCUGGCCUCUUUGACGAUCGCAUUGACUCAGCCAUUUUUGAUUGAGGAUCAGGUCUGCGUCAAUGGCGAGGUCGGACACAUUGAAGAGAUUCAGUCACAAUACGUCAUUGUGAGAACCUUGGACGAGCGUCGGAUAGUCGUUCCUCUGACGUGGUUUCUGGCGAAUAUAUUCCAAAACUGGUCCAGGAACUCUCCACAGCAGAUUGCGGAAUGCAAGGUUUAUAUCGAUUACAGUGCCUAUGUGCCACGAGUACGACAGGCGUUUCUCAAGUUUGCACGGGCGCACCCUUUGUUUGAUGGCCGACAUUGCGCCUUGCUCGUGACCGACUGCACCGCAGGGACCAUUGAGCUCACUUGUCAGAUCAGUGUGGCGAAUGCAAUGCAGGUCAUGCAAGUGACCUCCGAUGUCCGAGAAGCAAUGGUCGAGUUCAUCGCCAAAGGACCCAAGCAAGGCUUUGGGACUGUCACUUCUACUCCAAUAGGUGGCCUGGGUAAAGGGGACGGCGACGGAUCAUGUUCGCUAUCACUACCACCACUGACAAAGGAGGAUGAGAAGAUGGGAGGCGGCAGCAAAAUGUAUCAGACAAAUUUCUGUGUGAGUGUUAGAGAGACCUUCGACUCUGCAGAGAAGCCUGUGUCAGCGACCACGAACGCCCGCGAUAUGCAAUCGGAUCAUGUACAGGUGAAUGUUGACGGUUCGAUCUUUAGUGGCGACGGUUUGACGAGAAGAAGUGUCCGAGAUACAGAUCCUAGUGCGCAUAAUUCAGCAGCGCCCAUGGUCGCUGUUUCCAAUGCCAGUCUAUCGGAAAAGUAAUAAAAGUUCGCGACAGCUAUUCGAUCAGGAACAAAGAAGAGAUGUUGAGCGCUCCCUUUGGGAUUUGACACGGUAUUUUUCUGUUUGUCCACAUCAAUCCGAUUGCUGAUUCUGCUUGAGAUGCCAUAGUCUAUACUCUAAUUUACUUUUGCGUGCCACCAACCAGG